ACCAGCUGGCGCCUUUUAAGAGCUACGGCUCGGCGCAUUGUCAGGCCGGCCACCUUUUUCCUGUGGUCGCCGCCAUCUCCCCUGCAUUGGAGCCCGAGUUUUGCGGCAUGAGCCGGCGCACCUGCAGUGAUCUGCGCCGGCCGUCCUCCUGUCCCUGCGGUCUUGGCGUGCGGACUACAGUGGACAGUUGUGAAGAAGAAAGCCCUGUUCUUUCUGUUACAAUGAAGUGUUUUAAUUGCAACCCUGAGCUUUCUGAGCUUGAAGUGGUGAAACCUGAGGACAGUGGGAUAGAAGGUUCCUACAGUCCCGUGUGUUUGGAACCUUCCUGUAAGGACUGUGUUAGAAACCAUGAGAGGUUGUCUUUCAUCAAGUCACCAAUUGUGGGACAUGAUAACAAGGAAAAUCAACGUGUACAAAACACACUAGAUAGUUCAAACGAAACAGAAGAACUAGAGGCCAGUAGAGUGUAUGAGGACAGUGGCUAUUCAUCAUUCACACAAAGUGACCGUGACAAUGGCAUUCUUAUCCUGGAGAAAUUCAGAAACAGUCCCCAGGCCCAUCUGCUGCCAUCACAGAGCCCAGACCAGCAUCCCAACAAAACCCUGCUGCCUGUCCUGCAUUUUGAAAGAGUGGUUUGCUCGACAUUAAAAAAGAAUGGCAAACGAAACUCUAAAGUGGAUCGAGAAAUGCUGAAGGAAGUUAUUGCCAGCGGAAACUUUAGACUGCAAAAUAUAAUUGGCAAGAAAAUGGGCCUGGAACACCUAGAUAUCCUGGCUGAGCUCUCCCGGAGGGGAUUUAUGCACCUGUUGGCUAAUAUUUUGACUAAGCUCAGCGGCAUGGACUUAAUAAAUCUGUCUAAAGUGAGCAGAAUUUGGAAGAAGAUCCUGGAAACCAAUGAGGGAGCGUUCCAGCUCUACAGCAAAACCAUGCAGAGAGUCAUUGAGAGCAGUAAGUUGUCACUACAGGCUACAACUAGAGGAUAUGUUGUGGGCAGAGCUGCACUAACUUCUGUUCAAAAGUCAUCAACCUGGACACCUCCCAAAAAAGAUGUUCAAAUCAAGUCCUCCAGUCAGCGUGGUCAGACAGUGUCUACCUUCAGCCGGCACAAUGAGUUCGUGGAGGUGGCAAAGACAUUGAAGAACAACGAAAGCCUCAAAGCCUGUGUUCGCUGUAAUUUCCCUGCAAAAUAUGACCACUAUUUAGAGCGAGCAGUCUGCAAACGGGAAAGCUGUCAAUUUGAAUAUUGUACAAAGUGUCUGUGUGCUUACCAUAACAACAAAGACUGUUUGAAUGGCAAGAUCCUAAAAGCCAGCUGUAAAGUGGGUCCUUUGCCUGGAACUAAAAAGAGUAAAAAGAACUUACAAAGAUUGUGACCUUUAAUAGAUCAACUGUAGAUCUUGGCUACUUUAAAAAGAAAAAAAAAACUUCAACUCUAAUUUAAGAAAGUAAAAAUAAUUAUGAUGCCUUUUGUAAAUAGAGAAAUUAAUUGUCCAUAAAAUGCCAAGAUUGACUUAUGAAAAACAACCUGGAUAUCUAUAUUAGAUACUAAGAUAAAAUCGAUUGGACUUUUGGCAAGGGAGGGUUGGGGUCUUUUUUUAUGGAGUCUUGAGAACAUUUGCUUCAGUAUCCAAGAUUCGCUUUACCAGAUUUGUAUCAUACUUCUAUCAACUUGAGUCUGUCCAUUUAAAUGUUUGUCAAUGUGAGUUUUUUUAUAUCUGUAAAUACCUGUUUUCAAAUGCCAAAUAAAAUAAGCACACAUAAUUUUGUUUAGUUACAAUAAAAUUGUUAGAGGUGUAAAAAAAAAAAAAAAA